AUGGCUUCUAUCUCGUCCGCGGCCGAGGCGGUGGCGAGAAUCGCCUACCUCACCAGUGAUGUCGUUCUGUCUGUGCAGCCCUCGCUGCAGAACGACUCUCUGUUCUCCAAGUCCCUCAAGGCCUUGAAGGCUCACAAGACAAGCAACUUGUCAUCAAAAAGCACUGAAGUUCAAUCCGUGCGUUAUAACGAAGACCCUCUACUUUCGGCCUUCACCCCCAUUCAAAAUGGCGAGACGAUUUCCGUCGUGACAAGCUCUUCGAUCUUGAUCACGGCCGUCCCUCACCUCUACCGUCUGGCCAACAGCCCCGUGGUGGUCCACGUUGCGCUGGAGCCCUCUCCUUUCCCUGAUUACUCCGUCAUUAGCUCCAUCCGGCAAUCCGGCUUCACUUUCCUGCACUCCGAGACUGUGCAGGAAGCUCAAGAUAUCGCCAUCACAGCUCACGCACUUGCCCGCAAGUCUGGAAAGGGUGUGAUCCACUUCUUCGAUCCGGCCAACUCGGCCAAGGAUCCCUCUAUCGCCACUGAGGACGUUGAGGUCGUGAAGAAGGUGCUUCACAUUGGUGGAAACGUUGCCACUUCCGCUGGCAUCCAGGGUCUCUAUGCCGGCUCCGGUCUCACAUCUACCAUCACCGAAGAAUCCGAGGGCUCUGCCCCCGCGGGCCAAAAUGGGUCAAACGACCUGAACGUGGCUUCGCAGCCCCAGACUCCCUUCAAUGCCAGCGUGGAGAACUCCUCCGUUGGCUCUUCCCGUCGGGAAAGCAGUGCCGGCAGUGAGACCCCUAGCUCAAACGCCACAACCGUGGAGGGCUCCAGCACCCGCCCGGUGAACGCGGCCGACAUCUUUGAGUGGACCGCUCAAAUCUGGAACACUUUGUUCCAGGAGGUCGGCCGCAGAUACAACGCCAUUGAGUACACCGGUACCGCUGACGCCAAAUCUGCCAUCUUCGUCUUUGGCUCCACUGGAGUCUUCGUGGAUGCUCUCGCCAACGGCGCUAACACAGAAUUGGAGAACAUUGGUCUCAUCACGGCCCGCCUGUACCGUCCUUGGAUCGGUGGCCAGAUCUCCAACUCUAUCCCCAGCUCAGUGGAGAAGAUCGCGGUCCUUGAGCAGGUCCGUAAGACUACCAAGUGGGGUCCAUCCUUCAUGGACCUGCUUUCUAGCCUGACCUCAUCUGGUCCUCAGGGCAAGGGCCCUCAGAUCGUUGGAUACCGCCUUGGGUUUGUUGAGCCCUCCACCGCUGUCCAGGCCCUUCGCGGUGUGCUGCAGAACUUGACUUCCGCCUCUCCCAUCCAGAACCUCGAGAUUGGAAGCUCGCAGGUUCCCACCAUUGAGAGCACCCUCGAGCAGCCCCGCAUCGAGAACGCUUACCUGAAGAUCCUCAACCAGCUCUUCGGUGAGCGUCUGCACAUCGCCAACCAGCUUGGUGCCAAGAAUGCCGGCGUUUCGAGCACCAUCGCUGCCAGCCCCGAAUUUGGAUUCGGAUCUCUUUUGGCUCGUCAGGAGCACCGUGUGCGCUUCAUUCGUGAGGUUGAGGAAGCCUCCAAGUCCACCACUUUUGCCACUGAUGUCCCCAAGACUUGGUUGUCCCGCUGGGCCCUGAAUGUCAAGGAGGCCGCCAAGGCUAACAAGCUGGCCCCUGAAGUCAUUUCACGCCUCUCCAACGAUGGCUCUGCCCUCUCCCGCGAGCUCCUCAAGUCCAAGAAGCUCUUCUACGAAGAGUCCGAGUGGCUGGUCGGUUCCGAUGCCUGGGCUUACGAUCUGGGCAACUCCGGUGUCCACCACGUUCUCGCCUCCGGUGCUAACGUGAACAUGCUGAUCAUCGACUCUCAGCCCUUCUCUGAGCGUGCUGCUGCCGACGCCACCCGUCGCAAGAAGGACAUUGGUCUUUACGCCAUGAACCGAGGUAACGCCUACGUCGCCUCCGUCGCUGUCUACAGCUCCUACACCCAGGUCCUCCAGGCCAUGUCCGAGGCUCAGCAGUUUAAGGGUCCUUCCGUUGUGGUUGCCUACCUUCCCUAUAACCAGGAGAACGACUCUGCCCUCACUGUCCUCCAAGAGACCAAGAAGGCUAUCGAUCUCGGUUACUGGCCUCUGUACCGCUGGAACCCCGAGAACGAGGCGAAGGGUGAGCCCAAGUUCAUCCUCGACUCUGAGCGUGUCAAGCGUGAUCUCGAGGAGUUCCUCCGUCGCGACAACCAGCUCACCCAACUGAUGAACCGUGCCCCCAAGUACGCCCCUGUCCUCUCCGAGUCCUACGGCACUGAGGUCCGUGCCGUUCAGAAGCGCACUGCCAAGGACUCCUACGAGAAGCUCCUGGAUGGCUUGUUCGGUGCCCCAUUGACCAUUCUCUUCGCCUCUGACGGUGGUAACGCCCAGAACAUCGCCAAGCGUCUUGGCAACCGUGGUCGUGCCAGAGGUCUGAAGACCAUGGUCUUCGCCAUGGACGAGUUCCCUCUUGAGGAUAUCCCCACCGAGGAGAACGUUGUGUUCAUCACCAGUACUGCAGGCCAGGGUGAAUUCCCUGUCAACGGUCGUGCCCUCUGGGAGCACGUCAAGAACUCAGGUGACCUCGAUCUGUCUACCAUCAACUACUCCGUCUUCGGUCUUGGUGACUCCCACUACUGGCCCCGUAAGGAAGACAAGAUCUACUACAACAAGCCCGGAAAGGACCUCGAUGACCGUGUUGCCUUCCUGGGUGGUCACAAGUUGACCGACAUCGGUCUCGGUGAUGACCAGGACCCCGAUGCUUACCAGACUGGUUACUCCGAGUGGGAGCCUCGUCUCUGGAAGGCCCUGGGUGUUGACAAGGUUGAGGGUCUCCCCGAGGAGCCUGCCCCUAUCACCAACGAAGACAUCAAGAUUGGCUCCAACUUCCUUCGUGGAACCAUUGCCGAGGCCCUUCUCGACGAGAGCACUGGUGCUAUCCCCGCCAGUGACCAGCAGCUCACCAAGUUCCACGGUACCUACAUGCAAGAUGACCGUGACCUGCGUGAUGAGCGCAAGGCCCAGGGCCUCGAGCCUGCCUACAGCUUCAUGAUUCGCUGCCGUCUCCCCGGUGGUGUUGCCACCCCCAAGCAGUGGCUGCAGAUGGACGCUAUCAGCAGCUCUCACGGUAACGAGACCAUGAAGCUCACCACCCGACAGACCUUCCAGUUCCACGGUGUGAUCAAGCGCAACCUGAAGGGUGCCAUGCGUGCCAUCAACGCUUCCAUGAUGGAUACCCUCGCUGCUUGCGGUGAUGUGAACCGCAACGUCAUGUGUAGUUCCCUUCCCGAGCUCUCCGCUUUCCACCGCGAGACCUGGGCCCUCUCUACCAAGAUCAGUGAACACUUGUUGCCCUCAACCAAUGCCUACCACGAGAUCUGGCUGAAGGAUGAUGACGACAAGAAGGUUCAGGUUGCCGGAGAUGCCAUCGUUGACCACGAGCCUCUCUACGGUGCCACCUACCUCCCCCGCAAGUUCAAGAUCACUAUUGCCAUUCCUCCUCACAACGAUACUGAUGUCUACGCCCACGAUAUUGGUCUCAUUGCUAUCAAGGGUGCCGAUGGCCACCUCGCCGGUUUCAACGUCCUCGCCGGUGGUGGUAUGGGUUCCACCCACAACAACACCAAGACCUACCCCCAGACUGGUCGCAUGUUCGGAUACAUCCCCGUCGACCAGAUCCACAUUGCCUGCGAGAAGAUCAUGCUUGUGCAGCGUGACAACGGUGACCGUAAGAACCGCAAGCACGCCCGUAUGAAGUACACCAUCGACGACAUGGGCGUUGAGGGCUUCCGCGCUGAGGUCGAGAAGCUCAUGCCCGACGGCCUGAAGUUCGGCGAGCCCCGUCCCUUCGAGUUCAAGGCCAACGUCGACACCUUCGGCUGGCUGAAGGACGAGGCCGGUCUCAACCACUUCACCAUGUUCAUUGAGAACGGUCGUAUCGAGGAUACCGCCGACUUCAAGAUGCGCACUGGUCUCCGUGAGCUCGCCGAGUUCGGCAAGGGUGAGUUCCGUCUUACCGGUAACCAGCACCUGAUCAUCUCCCGCAUCACCGAUGACGACCUUCCCCUCGUCAAGGACCACUUGGCCAAGUACAAGCUUGACAACACUGCCUUCUCUGGCCUGCGUCUGUCUUCUUCCGCCUGUGUUGCGUUCCCCACCUGUGGUCUCGCCAUGGCUGAGUCUGAGCGUUACCUUCCCGUUCUGAUCUCCAAGCUGGAGACCACUCUUGAGGAGUGUGGUCUUGCCCGUGACAGCAUUGUCAUGCGUAUGACCGGUUGCCCCAACGGAUGUGCUCGUCCCUGGCUCGCCGAGGUUGCCUUCGUUGGAAAGGCAUACGGCGCCUACAACAUGUACCUGGGUGGUGGUUACCACGGCCAGCGUCUCAACAAGCGCUACCGCUCUUCCAUCAAGGAGGAUGAAAUCCUCGAGAUUAUGAACGAUCUUCUCAAGCGCUACUCUCGCGAGCGUGACACCGACGGCGAGACCCCCGAGCGUUUCGGUGAUUGGUGUAUCCGCGCCGGUGUCAUCAAGGCUACUACUGACGGAAGAAACUUCCACGAAGGCGUUGCCGAGGAUGAGGAUGAGGAAUGA